AUGACCAAGCGUAAGCGCGGAGGCCAAGGCCAAGGCCAGGGCCAGGGCCAGGGCCAGGGCCAGGGCCACACCGGUGGCAAGGGCUCGAACAAGGGCAAGGCGGGCAAGCAGGGCGGGAAGCAGCGGCAACAGACGAGCGGGAGGAAGAAGCAGUCGCUCGCCCAGCGGCAGCGGACCCUUGAGUUUGGCUACAACACUCGCGGAUACACUGCGUACCGUGCCCAAGUGCCCAAGGAACAGCGUUUGCCACACCAUCCGCAAACGCCUGACAAGACAGUAGCCAUGGGCCGACGCGAGUGGGACGCUGCUGUCCGCGAGUGGCGCAAGGCUCUGCACGAGUUCGAUCCUGUCGAACCCGCAGACGAGACCACCGAUGACGGUCGUCCGCGGCCGAUGGUCGUCUCCUCGACCGCUGACCAGGAAGCUGCUAUGGAUCUUGCCGCUACUAUCGCCGAGAGUGACAUCAAGGACACUCUCACCGACGUCGAUGCCGAGCGCGAGGCACUUGCCCUCCGUCGCGGCGAGUUCCCGUUGGAAGAGCCUGGUCCAGUCUCACCACGCGUCGCCGCCGUCAUUCAUCGGCUCAACGCUGAGCUUGAUGUCGAGCUCGCGGCCAUGUACGAUGACUACAAGCCGGUUCCCCUCGAUCUUGCGCCGCAUCCAAGCAACCACUGA